AAUCUGGAUGACCGACUGACAUCAACUGGCCGCAUUUCCAGCUCGUAAAUCACUGGUUCACCUCGUAAUGUUUAAUAUCAUCGGCUAUAUUUCUACAUAAUUCAAUUCUAACUCGAUGUAAAUAAAGAAGGGUUGAUCACAGCCGUCAAUCGGAGGGGAGCGGCGCGUGACCACCAUAAAACAAAAGCGCACGAUCUUGCUUUCGGAGGACAUCAAAGGCAUUUAAAGCUCUCCCUUCAUUCUCAGUGUGUGUAGCUAGAUCGCUGGACAACACAGACACCGGUGCUUAGAUCAAGUGGACAACAUAUUGGAUGUUGAGCAGAAAUAAACCGAUUAAAACAUCGCGAGACGGAAUACGUUUCAUUCAUCGAGGCACGCGACUGUUUGCAUCAAGGACUUCUUUCCAACUGGGAUCUUGGUGAAAUUUGUUUUAUGCAUUUAUUGUCACCAGUCUCACUGGAGAUUUCUUCUGGAAAUAUGGAUUAGCCUCUUUAAAGGUAAAACAUCUACAGCUGCGUGACCGCUAUGGCUGCCGUGGUGAAUUAUUCCCCGCCGUGGUGGGUGAACCUUUUCCACCGCCUUCCCCACUUCAACCUACAGUUUCAGCUGACCAGUAGCGACUUCCGACCUGAGGACUCCGAGUAUCAAAAGGCCGUGUUGUUGCUUGGGGCAGUGGCGUUGGUGUGUUUGGCAUUGGACCUCCUCUUCCUCCUCUUCUACUCUUUUUGGCUCUGUUGUCGCCGCAGGAAGAACCAGGAUUCGCCUAAUGCGGAUUGCUGCUGCACCGCUUGGUGCGUGAUCAUCGCCACACUCGUUUGCAGUGCUGGCAUUGCCGUUGGUUUCUAUGGAAACGGCGAAACGUGCGACGGAGUGACACGACUGACAUAUUCCCUGCGCCAUGCUAACCAAACAGUGGCGGGCGUUGAUAAACUGGUAUCGGAGAGCACCAGUAGCCUAAAUGAAACCGUACAGGAGGGCCUGAUUCAGCUGGAGACUGUGUACUCCAAACAGACAGACUACCUGUCCAUCGUCCACAAACUGAAGGGCCAACUGGACGAGCUGAUCAAGCUGAUUGUGGAGGUGCCUUUCUGGAACAAUACAGAUCUCUCACUGGAUCGCCUGGCGUCUGUCACCGAACAGUACGACUGGUACAGGUGGCUGGGUUAUCUUGGCUUGCUACUGUUUGAUGUGCUAAUCUGUCUGCUCGUUUUGGUUGGUCUCAUACGCAACUCAAGAAGCAUCUUGAUUGGUGUUUGUUUGCUGGGUGUUUUGACACUGGUGAUCAGCUGGACUUCUCUUGGGUUGGAGUUCUCUGUUGCUGUGACUGCCAGUGAUUUUUGUUUUGCCCCUGACUCUUACAUCACCAAAGUGACACAUGAGAAAGCAGUUAUGAACCAAGACAUCUUGCAGUACUAUCUCAAGUGCAGCAUGGGACAGACCAACCCAUUUCAGCAGAAACUCUCUGGAAGCCACAAAGCACUUGUAGAGAUGCAGGAUGAUGUUUCCGAGCUCCUGCGCUCAGCUAUGAAAGAAUACCCCAAGACAAAGAGUAACCUGGAGGAGAUGCAGGCGGUGUUAAAUGCCACUGAGAUCAGCCUUCACCACCUCACUGCCUUGGUUGACUGUCGGAGCCUACACAUGGAUUAUGUGCAGGCUCUGACUGGACUGUGUUAUGAUGGGGUCGAGGGGCUGAUUUAUUUGGUCCUGUUCUCCUUCGUCACCGCUCUGAUGUUUAGCUCCAUCGUUUGCAGCGUGCCUCAUACCUGGCAGGGCAAGAGGUCUGAGGAGGAGGAUGCCGAUGAGACUUCGGGCACCCUCGGCUCGCGAGCGCCGCACGAUAACCUGUACCGCGUGCACAUGCCUAGCCUGUACAGCUGUGGCAGCAGCACCUACGGCAGCGAGGCUAGCCUCCCCGCUGCGGCACAUACUGUCAGCAACGCACCAGUCACUGAGUACAUGAGCCAGAACGCUAACUUUCAGACCCCUCGAUGCGAGAACACGCCACUCAUUGGCAGAGAAUCCCCCCCACCGUCAUACACCUCAAGCAUGAGAGCUAAAUAUCUGGCAACCAGUCGCCCGGACCCAUCCAGGCCAUCGGAAUCCCAGAACGGCCUGGAACCCAGCAUCCGACCAGACUUAAGCAGCCGCUCCGCUCCCAACAGCCGACCAAAUUCAGUUAUCCACCGACCCCACUCCGCCAUCCAUUAACCAUCCUCAAGUGAAAAAGCGUCAUCAUUCAAAAACGCAAAGCAACUACCUGUUAUCAAGUCCACCAGUAUGAAGUUUGUCUCCAGACAUUUUUUUUCUUUUGGUUUACUUUAACAUCAAUCCUCAGUUUUCUGGUUUAGGCAAACAAGCAUACUUGAUCCGGCACUGCUUUUGCAGAAUUGAUUCUGCCAAACGUUCAACCAAACUGCCAUUUUUACUUCCCUAAUUUCACACAGUGUUUCACAGCAACUAAACUGCCCUCUUCUGGAGGACUCGUCUCUGUUGUCUGCACAGUAAAUCUCACGCUACCCUUACAGAGUCUCUCAGGGCAGCCAUAUUGGCAAGGACUGCAGGUCCACAUUACCACAGCAGGAUGGUUUAUAUAACAUUGUCGUUUUUAAACUUUUCCUAUCAGACAAGAAAUGUCACUAUGACGUUUGAUUUUAUGAUGGUUUUAUAUUUUUAGGUAUUUUUCGAAAUUAUGACACUGAUAAUAUCAUUUGAAAUAGCUUUAAAGGUGCACCCUUUGUGCUUUCUCUGCAGUUCCUGGCAAUAUGGCAGCAUUCUUCUUAUCUUACAGAUUCUCAUGACUACUAUUUGAAAAAAUUGUUCUGUCAAGAAUGAAUAUUUCAUCAUCAUUUACUUAUCCUUGAAAAAGUAUUUAUUUACCUGAAUGUCUAAGCCAUAGACUGUAAAAAAAAAAGUGGACGACGUCUCUCCAUGGUAAAAAACGAAGCCAAAAUAUUUUAGAAAUGGCCAAUGACGUCAUUUGGAGUCUGCACAGUAGUGAUCGUGAGGUGGAGCUGCUGUAUUAAGGCCCCGCCCAAUUUCCUUGUUUGACUCAAACAUAAAUGCACAAAACAAGUCAUCACACCCCUUUUUAACAGCAUUUAAUAAUACAUUUAAACCAAACUUAAUAGAAAAGAACACAUCCCAUUCGUUCACAUGGAGAUGGCGGGGAUUAUAACCUAUACUGGAGCCAGCCACCAGGGGGCGACCGAAAUGUUUUUGAUUCACUUUUUUUAAGACCUCCUUUUUACCCUACAAUAAAAGUGGAUGGGGACCAACCAUGUUCACCAUUUACUUUCUGUUUCUGUAUAAGUUUACAUUCAAUGAACUACAUACUGUAAGGAUAAGUAAAUGAAGACAGAAAUAUCAUUAUUGUGUCAAUUAUUUCUUUUACCAGUUUACAAAUGUUAACAAAUAUGCCGCAGGGAUGUCGUAUUUUUGUAGGCAAAACCCGGAAGCGAGUUAGCAUUUUAGCACUUCCGGUUCCAUCAUACCGAAGUCAAUGGUUUUUUGAAUGAGGUUUUGGUUUAAUUGGUUUAAACUUCUUAAAAACAUAAGCCCAAGAUAUUUUCACGUUUUAUUCUAUGACAUAAAACACACCAGUAAUACCACCACUUGCGAAUUUUUAAAGCUUUUAAGUGUCUUUUAAAGGGUGGUUGCUAACAAGUUGGGACUACAGAAUUUGUCAGGGAAUUUAAAUGUCAAUUACCAACAAUUAUUUAUCCACACAGUAUUUUCUUAUUAGGGAACAUGUUUUUAAAUGUGUUUAAUAAAGUUUGAAACAGCUUUCAGAAGGUUGGUGGUGAUGACGUUGAUGUCGAGAGAUCCUGGUGUUGUUCGCUUGUAGCCUAGGGUUAGCUUUGAAUUUCUAGUCAAAGAACUUACUGCGCGUUCACACCAGACGCGGAAGAGGCGGCAAAAACGCAUUAUUUGCAUGUAGUUGGGCGCUUGAACAUUUUGAGUUUCUCACUUCAUUUGUGCAUGAAAUUCUAGUCAUUCGAGACAUUCAUGCGUAAAUUCACGUCAUGGGAGGGGCUUAUAUAGCUCAAAUUGAGUAAACUUACCAGAUUUUUCAACCUCCUCACUAUUUCAAACAAGAUCCUUUUAAUUCCUGUAAAAGUAUGAAGAUGUCUCGUGUAGUGAUGAUGAUUGUCCUCCAUUGUUGUUUUGCCUCCUCUCGCUUCAUGUAAUCACGUCACUGCUAGAGCAAGCUCCUGAUUUAAUGCAGUGCGAAAAUCCGACAAAGUUCAGAUUCAGAUUGUACAACUAUUUUUCACGUUCGCGCCUUCAACGCUUACCAUUACUGUGGGUUCACACCAGAUGCGAGUUCAACGAUUUGCACGAGUAGAUUACAUACAAUGUCAAUGCAAAGUCGCGAUCAGACGCAUCCUAGCGCGGGGCGAUGCGAAAGAGGCGAACUGGGCGCCGCGAUUGCUGCGAAAAUGUGCUUUUCAACUCAAAUGCGCCUUCAUGCAAGUUGAAAAUAUUUAACUCAAGCGAAAUAAUUAGCAUGACAUAAAGUUAAAUCCCACGAGUAAUCUAGAGCAAGCAACGCGAUGCUACGCGUUUGGUGUGUACGUAUAAUAAAACUUAAAAAUUCAUAAAAGUUGUGUUCAUCUGUGAAGAUUGUCCUAUUGGACAAAACGUUGAAGUGUUGAACUUAUUGAGCUUUUUUUGCUAUAAUCUUUUUGGACUUUUUGGCUAGAGAACCAGUAUCUCUCUAACUUCUGGGUUGGCCUACAAAAAUACGUCAUCCAUGUGGCACUCUAUUGAGUCACAUUCUAACACUGUGGCUUAACAAAUUGUCCUCUCAUAUAAGGCCACUGUUUGUAUUUACAAUGUAAUCUAUGGUGUACCACAGUGUGAAUUGACAGCCAUCGAGCCGUUAAGCCAUUACGCACAUUCGGUAUCUUAAUCUAUAAGGGAAACAAUUGCACAGUACACUUUCCGGUUGUGUUCAUGUGCGUGGUGUGUUUGCCUUUUACAGAUGACACAAAUCUCAAGCUCUGCUUUUUGUAAAUAAUAAGUGUUUUUAUA